ACAGUAUUUAUUUAGAAAAUAUGCUAACUAUGAUUACAUGUAUAUGCUUCAGGCAUAUAAAGGAAUGAAAAUGAAAUAUUUCAUCUUGAAUAAGAUACUGUAAUCCCAGUUUUAUUCACAUGCAAGAAAUUUUCACAAGGUUCACAAGAACUUCAUUUUUGUAAAUAUUUCUCACCACAAACUCGACUUUUUAUGUCUCUCGAAUUUGUUUAUGAUAAACUCAGUCAUGAAAAAGUUAGUCACUUUGAACCAGUCUGUCAUCGGUAAGUCGCAAAAUAAAGUUGUUGCAAAUGAAAGUUUCUUUACAGUACAUGUAAUGUAGAAAGGUCAUACAUUGAAAUUUUGUCUGCCGUUUGCAACUCAUGAUUUUGGCUCUGGGUAGAACAUAAAAUAGCAACAUUGACUUAGCAAGUCCCUAUAUUUCGUCAAUUAUUUAUUUUUAGAUAAGCUUAGUAUUACAUUAAAGUUCAAGUCAGUUGUUCAAGAUGAAUACAUGUAUUUGUGAAAAUUGUUUUUACUUUGAUUUGAAAUAAAUUUUUGAGAGAACAAUCAUGCAAUUGGGGAAACAAACAAAUUAGAAUUUUUAAUUGAUAAGCUUAAUUAAGCCUGAUAAAAUCAAAAUUAGUACCUCGAUAUACUUAAAGGUGAUUAUUUUUCAAAAUUCAGUCACUGGUAAGUACAUCAGGCUUGGAAAGUAUCUGACAUUUAAUCUGCUCAGUUUUUCGUAUAUUGUAUGAAGAGACUUGGAGGAGAUAAAGUUAUGUGACAGUGCAUGUACAUGAGAGCGUCUAACACAUAAAUAGAGGCAUUUUUUAAAAAGCAAUUUCAACUCAGGACGUGGAAUGUGAAAUUCCAUGGUAUCCUGUAGAUAUUUGUUUAAUUCUAGGAACAGUGUGUAAAUGCAUGGAGAUGGAAUUUCACAUUUACCACAUCAGUUACCUGAGCAACUGAAGUGUUUUAACAAAUGUGCAUACAAUGAUAUCACAAAGGAAAUAUAAAUAAAAGAUGUAACACACUGUACCAUCCAUUGUUAUAAUGUAUAGUGUUGGUUUGGGGGAUGGGUGAGAUGCUAAUUUUGGCACUUGAUUUUAGCAAAUUUGAAUUCUUCUAUAUUUAUAUAGUUGCUAAGAUAUAUUUUUAAAAAUCAAAUCACCAAUCUAUUGCCACUAAAAUUAAUACCAUGGUACUUUUAUCUCGCGUAAAUCUGUUUUAGGGUACUGUAUAUAACAUCAACAGAAAAGAUUCCCUUUUCUUCUGUCACAUGCUGGUUUUACUCUGCUUGAUUAUGCCUCGUUGUGAGAGGGUGCUGUCUUUGAUUUUGACAACUGGUCCAAAGACCAAGUCCAGUUAUUGCAUUCAAAAGUCCAUCUGGCCCCUACUUCUCAAUAUACCUGAUUUACAUUAAAAAUAAUCCCAGGAUUGAAAUGAGUUAAUGAUCAGAAAUUGGAUGAAGAGAGUCUGUAUUGUACAAGAUAGAAAUGUCAAUAAAGUGUACUUUGUGUUUGAUUUGGGUAAAUUUCUCUUUGCUCUAAAAAAAAAAAACCCAAUCCACCUACUCCGCCCAAAGGCCAGUGGUAAAAAAAACAUCUUUUUUUUUUACUGCAGUCAGUAUUUCAUCUCUCAAAACGACAGUGGGAAGUAUGUAGGUUUUAUCAUUUCAGUCAUAAUAUACUAUUCUGGACAUUGUCCAAUACAUGUAUUACAAAAAUAAUGAUUUGGCCCCUUACUGUACUUAUUUUGUGUACUCAGGUUGUGGAUUGGUAUUAUCAUAAGUUGUUGGGUUUUUUCUUUCCUUUCUUUUUUUUUAUUUUAUUUUUUUUGCCCACAGGAGGAUGAAAUAUUCAUGUAUGCAUGUAAAUGUAGCCCAUUUUAUAUUUCUGUGACAGUAGAACUGAUAAUAGUCACCUUUGGGUAUGUACAAUUUAUGCAUUAUGUUGCUCUACACCCUGAACUCUUUGUGCUCUACAGUGAUAAAUUUUGCUUGAUUUUUUUCAUCUUGUACACCAUUAUAUAUCCUUGUCUUCGGUUAUGUGAAGCCAGGGGCAAAAGUGUAAAAUUGUCCUGUUCAAUUUUCAUGUCUCCAGUGAACAGUUCACCAGUGCUUGGAUAGGUUAUGCUAGGUAGAUCAGAUGAACAGUGAUAUUGUUUUGUUUAUCCACAUAUAAGUAUAAAAUCUAUAAAGAAACAACACCAAUGGAGUGCUAUGAUCUUUAAGGUUUAUCUUCCAAUAUUGAGAGGUUCAUUUGCUAAUGUGGCAUUUAUCUUUUCUUUUUUAAUGUAAAUGCAGAUCAAUUUUGAUAUUAAAAGUUUCGAUUGCCUGUGGUACACAGGGAUAUGUAAAUACACAUAACUAGGUAGAUUGGCCGUGGGAUGUGGCAGCUGGUUUUGUUAUUGACGUCAGAGCUGAUGUCAGGUUACACCUUUGGAUUCUUAGCCAUGGUGCCCCUUGUAUAGCAGGACCAACUUCGUAUUCAUGGGGAAAAAGUUACUGAAGGCCAUUUGUUGUUAUUUGUGUGGAGACAAACUUGCAGAUGACUGGGAGAUUCCUUUUGAGAACAUCACUGAUCUACAAUGGUUAGGCAGUGGGGCGCAGGGUGCUGUGUUCCUUGGCAAGCUCAAUGGGGAGGAAGUGGCUGUCAAAAAGGUCCGAGACGUAAACGAAACUGACAUAAAAAAUCUCCGACGCCUCAACCACCCAAAUGUCAUCACAUUCAAGGGUGUUUGCACACAGGCUCCCUGUUACUGUAUCAUUAUGGAGUACUGUCCUUAUGGCCAGCUGUAUGAGGUCCUGAGGGAUGGGAAGGAAAUCCCCCCAGCCCUCAUCUUGGACUGGGCCAAACAAAUUGCCAGUGGCAUGCACUACCUUCAUAUUCACAAGAUCAUUCACAGAGACCUCAAGUCACCAAAUGUUCUUGUUGCCAAAAAUGAUGUUGUAAAAAUCUCUGACUUUGGUACUAGUCGCACCUGGAAUGAAAAAAGCACAAAGAUGUCAUUUGCUGGAACAGUAGCAUGGAUGGCACCAGAGGUGAUCCGAAAUGAACCAUGCUCGGAGAAAGUGGAUAUAUGGUCCUUUGGGGUGGUUGUCUGGGAAUUACUGUCUUCAGAAAUUCCUUAUAAGGAUGUGGACUCAUCUGCAAUCAUCUGGGGAGUUGGAAGUAACAGUCUCCAUCUUCCAGUUCCUUCUACGUGCCCCGAAGGAUUCAAACUGCUGAUGAGGCAGUGCUGGGAGGCGAAAACGAGGAACAGACCUUCCUUUAAGCAAGUGUUAAUGCAUCUGGAAAUUGCAACACCAGAGCUUCUGAAAUACUCCUACCAAGAUUUUAUUACAGCACAGACUAUCUGGAAGGAUGAGAUUCGGGAACAGUUACAGUUGAUCCGUUGUGAGGGAACACAUAUGCCUCACCUUGAAGAGGAGUUAAUUAAACGGAGGAGAGAGGAACUCAGACAUGCUCAGGAUGUUCGAGAACACUAUGAGAGGAAGCUAGAACGAGCAAAUAAUCUGUACAUGGAGCUUACUGCUUGCAUGUUGCAACUGGAGAAAAGGGAAAGGGAGCUACUCAAGCGAGAGCAGCAAUUGGCUAUGUAUGCCAAGAAAAGGAAGAGCAUUGUAAGACCAGUUAUCAGAGCACAGGAGAGGAUUGAUAGACUGAGUAAGAAGAGAGCAUACAAGUCUGGCUCUGAGCUUACAAGCCCAGACAACAUAGAGGGAAUCAUGGACAGCAGUAUGACCACAAGUUCAGAACAAGUUUUACCAUCUCCCACAAAACUACGCAUGAAGAGGAGCCGACAUCGUCGAAGCAACAGUAAAGGCACCCUGGGCAGCAUCUUCUCAAGUCCUGCUAAAGCUGCAGCGGCAGCAGAGGAGGAUAUAAACGAAUACCAUCUCAGACACUGUGAUGAGAAUGACAUCACUCCACGAGUUUUCAAAUACAUGGGCCCAGGAACAGCCCUCAGGGAAUACAAGUCAACAGAGGAGCUUCAUUUGCCUCUGAGUGAGAAUGAGCGCACUCAAAGGCCAUUGGAACUUAAACAAGUGGAUGAAGCUCUGGAGAAGAAUGUCAAUGAUGUUUGUUUUGGGUGUGAUGGAGUGUGUAGUGAUCACACCUGUAGCAGCAAGCGAUCCAGUCAAGUGAGUGCUGACGUUGAGAGCAAUGUGGGCGACUCUCCGUGCUCUCCCUGCCCGAUGAGUCCUUCUCAAACAAUGUAUGACAUAGUGGAAAACUGUAAUGAGAACCAAUCAAAAGACGAGACAGUGAGUUAUGUGGAAAAUGAGACAAGUUACACUCAAGAUAAAGACUCUAAUGAGAACAUAAGUAAUUUUCCAGUUAGGAGUGGUGUAACACAUAUAGGUGGAGAUUCUAUGUUUACUAGUGAUUUACACAAUGAGGAGGAUAAUUCUGUCAUAUAUAACAGUGUUAAACGAACUUCUAGUGAUUCAGAAAUUCGGAGGUCGCCAAAAUUAAUGCAGCACAGACUUUCUAGUAUUGAGUCUCCAAACUUAGCAUCCCACAGAGAGAGAAGGGCUAGGCUUCACAAGAAUUCUGAAGAUUCGUGGACUGAGGAGGAGGAAGGAGAGGUGAGCGACGAUGGGCAGGCCAUCCGGAAGCGACGGUCGUACUGUUCCACUCUGAGUUCCGAGGGGUGUCUGUCAGAGGAUGAGAACAAUACCAGUGAUCACUCUACGUCCUUUAACGGUGACGGAUUGCUCUCCACCAAUAGCUCUGAAAAUCUCCAGAUGGAACUGGCUCACUGUGCUGUCACUUCAGAUGGCCUGUCUGACAAGGAAUUGACUGUUAGGAAAAUGGCCCAGCAAGUCUCAAACUCACCAGAGAGAGUGUUUAAGACUUCAGACAGUAGUUCCGACUCAGAUGAAUGUUCGGACAUCACAGUAUCCACAACAGUACACCGCACACAGUCAUACGAAACUCACGCGUGGUGACAGUGUGUAGGAGUUAAUGUUGUCCAAUAACAAUGGCAAAAAAAUUUAGACUGUCUAGAUUCCAUGUUGAAAUGGACCCAGUGACAAGGAAAUUUUUAUCUAAUUGCUAUUUCUAUGGUUGUUACGAUUGAAAUAUACGUUAGUCCUGUUGUUAAUAUCAUUGUGUGUCAUACUCGAUACAUUGUCUGCAUAUCAUUACACAUCUGUGCUUCAUAUUCACUGUGUUAAAGGUAGCUAUAUCACUGUAAUGUAAACUGGACCCAUACUGUACUUUGAUAUGUCAACGUAAUGUGAAAAGCACAAUUUGCUUUUGACUUUAGAUUAUUCAGCAAUGCUGUGCAAUGUACAAUGUAGCUAGGAGUUAUGUUCUAAUACUGUUACAUUUUAUGGAUGUCAUUCAACUCUUUGUGAAUAACAUUUGUUACUAAUACAUAUAUUGUAUAAGUUUGAUGACAACCAAUGUUAUUUAUGUGGUUCGAAGUACUUAAUAUAUUUUUAAAUCUAUUAAAGCAAGAAAAUCCAUAUUGUAUGCAAAAUUGGACCAUUGUCUCCUAGUAUUAUUUCGUUAAAAAAACGAACCUCCAGUCUAGAUGUUUAAAUACUAUCAUAAAAAUUGCAGUUUUAUCUGAUCCUAGUCGUUAGAAUAUUUAUUCACAAUUUUUUAAGGGUGUUUUAGGGUGAGAAAAUAAUGAUUUGAAUUAUCACAGAAUGUUCCUAUUACUUAGUUUUCCAUCAAUGAGUCGUGAAAUAUAUGCAUGUGAAUUGAUAUCUCUGUCCUCAUUCACGUCAUUUCAUCCAUCAGUAUUUCAGAAUGUGACUUCAGGUAAAACAUGUAUGUUUUUGUUUAUGUUACUUUACCAACGGUCUAAUGAUAUCCAAAUAUCCAUUUCUGUUUAUUUGUAUUUUGCAGUGCUUCCACCCUAUGAGACUUUAUGUUGCCUUCCAUUAGAUAUAGCUAGUUUAAACCAGGUCGUAUUUUGUGAUUUUUGUUUUAUUUAUGGAAACGAACUUCUUUUCCCUUUGUUUUGGGAAACUAGAAUUUACCAGUUUACACAUCUACAUGUCGAUGGUUAUGUUGUACAUAUCAUAAUCAGGAUUUCUUACAAAUAUACCUCUUGGUAUAGUCUUUUUUUAUUAAAGAAUUUUUUAAUUAUUUUUGUUUGCCAAGUGCUCAUUUUUAUUUGAAUUUUUUUGUUGAAACAUUCCAAUAUUUUAUUGAGAUAUUGUUGACUGUUGUACCGUUGUAUCUAAUUGUUGAUAUGAUUUUUCAGAACUUCUAACAUCUUAAAACCAGCAGGUUUAUUUGCAGUAUGUGCUGAUGAAUUCCAAUUGUGUCCUAUAUAAAAGCUUGAUUUAAUAGGUUGUGUUAUUGAAAAGUUGACCAAAUUUUUAAAGAGCAAUAAUACAAGUUAAUUCUAUAGAAUAAGAUUGUAUAAACUGUGGCAAGUCAAUGAAUUUCUUUGAUCGUAAUUGUAUAUAGAAUGCAUUUUAUCAAAAUGGAUACUGCUUUUUGUCAACUCUGUCUGUUUAUUGCAGACAAUCGUGAUUCAAUAGUGUUUUAAAACAGCACUCUCUGAUGAGAGAGAUCUUUAUUGUGUUGGAAUUGUAAAUAAAAAAAAAUCUGUGACAUAC